UGAAGAGAGAGAGACACACACACAGGCUGAGCACCGAUUACAUGACCCAGCUAAUCCGUCUGUGACCUCCUCAUGCUGAGCAACGAUUCAUGAAAACAGGAUUUGUUGCAAUUUGUGCUCUUAAACUGCGCGUUUAGGUAAUUAAAGUAUUUUAUUUUACUUUUUUUAAACAAUGGAUAAAGUGAGGUCCACCUUUCCUGUGCUUCACUUGGACCUGAACAACUUUGACUCGAACGAAGCGGAAAGGAGUCGCUAUGUUCUGACCAGUCCACGCUCCCUGCAGUCCUGUGCACGCGUUGGUGUCAAACCUGUCGAGCUCCUGAUUAAGUCUCUGAAUGAGUUGAGAACUGAACAACAGGAUGUACCCUUUGAAGCCGUGAGAGUUAUGCAUGAAUCCUAUGAAAAGGAGAGACGGAAGCUUUUGCAAAUGUGCCGAGAAGAGAGGAACAAAUUAAUCCAGGCGGAUGAAGACAGGUGGCCCAGCAGUAAAAAACACUCUAAGGUAACCCCUUCAAACUCCCAUAUUAAACUGCAUGAUGAUGAGUCUGCUAUUCAAGAGAAAGCAGGACCAUUUGCAUAUGCAGAUCUGUGUUUUAAAGGAAAAUCUGUGAGCAGGUCCUCUUGUUCAGCUGGUAUAAGAGACCUGGACAGAAGCACAGUUGGCAGCUUCAGCCUGGGAGACCUCAGACACUCCUCAGCUACAGAGAAGACACUGGAGAAGCUGACCAAAGACAUUAAAAAGGAGAUGAGUGUGACUAUUCCAGAGAGAGACCGUAAGAUAGCAGCUCUUAUGCUGGUGAGGCACCAGGAGGAGAAAUCCAGACUGAAGCUCUGUCACAAGGAGGAACAGGAGCGACAAGAGGCCCGCAGGCAGGAGGAAGUCCAGCGGGCUGAAGCUGAGAAACAGAGGAGGAGGAAGCUGAGGCACAGCAUGAGGCGUUGGCAUGAGGAACUGGAGGUCCGCAGAAGGCUCAGGGAGUGUGAGGAGAAACAGAAAGCAGGACAGCUUGAGCAGGAGGUGCAAAUGCAAGAGGACCGCUGGAGGAGACUGAAAGAGGAGGUGGAGGCCCAUCGUAGAGGGAAGCGAGAGACUGCAAAGAAGGAGGCAGUGGAGCGCAAACGCCACCAGGAGAGGCUCCUGAGACACAAGGAGGAGGUGGAGAAAAGGGUGCUAGAGAAGGAGAAGCAAGUAGCCAUGGAGAGAGAGCAAAAGGCAAGGAGGAGCAAAUGUCUGCAGGAAGACAAAGAGAGGCAGAGGCUGCAGGAGGAAAAUCGUAAAGAACUUUUGCGGUGCAUCCUCAUGAGGCAACAGAAAGAGUUGCAGGUGGAAGAGGAGGAGGCGCAGAAGAGGAGCAUACUUGAGACAAAGCUGCAAAACUCUUGUAAGAGACGUGCGGAGAUUGUGGAGGCACGUAUCAGGGAGCUGCAAGAGAGAGCAACACAGGAGGAGAAGCAGAUUCAGAGGGCACAGCGGAGGGCCAAGAUACAGGACCUGCAGGAGGUCACACACAAACAGAUCUUAUAUGAACUGAGCCAGCGUCGCAUGGAGAAAGCUACCCAGCAUGCUUUGGUGCAGAGCAGGAAUAAAGUUCAGCAAACGCAUCAGUACAACAAACACCGGCAGCUUUGCCACCAGAGGCUCAGAGAGAGGAUGCAGACAGAGGAGGAGGCAAUGAGGAAGGUCAGGGAAGGCUACGUUGGCAUGAAAGAGUGGAAGAGAGAGAGACUGCGCAGACAGCGAGAACAGAUACAGGAGGAGGCGCAAAGGCUGACGAGAGCCUGCUUUCACAUGAGGGACAGAGUGAGACAACACACACAGACACACACCUUUGAUCGGAUGGCUCUGGAGGCUCAGCUGGCUGCCUCCAUAAGCCACAUGAAACUGUCAUAGAAAGGACUGAAUUUCCCCCAGAUUCAUAGUUUACAUCUAUAUGUAUCUGGAAGUCAGAAAAGAACAUGUCAGAUCUCCCCCUGGAGGCUUUUAAUACAGUUCAACACUCUGGA